GGAAGAGGAUGAUGAGAAUCUUACGCUGCAGCUGGACGAGAUGAAGGACAGGAUAGCCAGCGACCAGGAGAGAGCCGCCACGCUCAAAAGGAAGGUUCAGCUCCACGACUCGUUAAAGACAGAGGACCACGAUACGAUGUCGGAUGCUCUGGGUGUGAAGAUAAGUGAAGUGCAUCGCUGCUGCGUGGACUCCCGUCUGACCUACCUCAGCACCUUGGAGAAGCUGUCCAGUGUUGAAUACCGUAUAUCUUUACUGUUCCAGUUCUUGGAGAGCAUCCCUAAAGGGAGCCUGGAGACACUGAGGCUGAUCAAGGACAGCGAUAGGAGUAGCAGGCUGCGUGAGGUGCAGCUGAAACUGGAGAGGGAGAAGCACUUAGAAAUGCUGAAGAAAUGCAAGCAAAGAUCAAUGGAUGAGAGCAAGAAAAAAACUGGAAGAAAGCUCAGGCCUAGGUGCUUCCCUGUUGAGCAGAAGAUCACAGUCAGUGAGGAGGACAACAUACCUGCCGAGGAAGAACUCCAUGCCUUCCUCUUCACCACUGAGGACGACGAGUAGAAAAUAAAUCAACACAUGCCAUGAAAAGCCAAACAUGUAGAAAUAUGUGUGUCCAAAAGGAAUGGUACUGAAAUAUUGCCACAAACUACUUUUUUAUUUGUACUAAAAAGUGACACAGGGAAGAGGCACCUGCUGCAAGUGUUGUGGUGUAGAUCGCCUUGUUGGACAGUCAUGUCGUUUAUCAAGGUAGGGUCAUUUAAAGAAGCAAUUACUGCAUUCUUAAAAAGCAUGGUGAUUCCAAAGGUAAACUAAAACCACAAAUAGUCCUGUUUGUUACCCUAAACAGUUUGGAGAAACGAAACAGCCUGUAAAUAAAUGGUGUCUAACACAGGCAAACUCUUCGGGGCUGACCAGGAGUUUAGAACUGUAUCAUUGACUGAACAAAAUAAUGUUAAACUAUCGUUUUUUUAGAACACUGAUGUCUUAACCGAAUGUCCGUGGCUCCACAUAGCAGCCUACCUAUGAGCCAUUCUAUGUUUUGUGUUUGCAUCCUGUAACUUCCAAGUUCCCAUAAAGUGCAAUGCACAAAGCAGAUGUUCUGACCCUCAAUUAGACAUUAGUAACUGGAUUAAACUCAACUUUAUAUAGAAGAACACAUACUUUAUUUAUCCCACAUCUGUUUGUCUUUAAGAGUACAAAU